AUGGAUUUUACGGAUGGAUCCUCGAAAAAUCAGGAUAUAUAUUCAGGACAAGGAUGGUAUAGUACUCUGGAAGGUUAUGAUGGACUAAUGGGAGCAAGGAAUAUAAGAGCGAGUCAGUCGCCACUUCACUCGGAGGUAGAGGCUCUCAUAUGGGCAAUGGAAUGCAUGAGGAACCUUAGACAGUUUCGGGUUAUCUUUGCAACGGAUUGUGCUCAAUUGGUGAAGAUGGUUUCGGAACCAGAGGAGUGGCCAGCCUUUGCAAGCUAUUUGGAAGACAUAGCAUUUUUGAAGAGAAGUUUCAACAGCUCAGAGAUCAUUAAUAUACCACGAACACAGAAUUUAAGGGUGGACAGUCUUGCACGCACUGCAAGGAAACAACUGUCGUCUGUCGUUCAUAUGGAUGCAGAGCUACCAGUGUGGUUUGCAGAAUCUAUAUGA